AUGAUAUCAAGAAAGCAGCAGGACAACGAUGACCUCGAAAACAGCAUAAGCUACUCGGCUCUGGCAUCUGCGGUAAGGGCUGCCCUCAGCCCCGCGUCCUCGGCGGAGUUCAUCCCAGUGUUUGAUUCCUUGGAGUGCGUCGGCUGCCGCAUCUACGAUCUCCUUCUUUCCGAAUCCCCCUACCGCUCCGUUUUGCACCAGAUAGAGCUGAAAAUCUCUCAGACUAAAGCACCACUGCAUUGCCACGCUGUCGGAAUCGAAUCAAGCGCAGUACGAAGCACGGAUUUGUGGUAUCUCGACCGGAUCAGGUACAUCUGCGAAGACAUAGAAUGCCAUACGAUCAUUGGCGUGAAUCCUGCCGAAAGACUUGAAAAGCAACUUGUCCGCUUGAACAUCUCGAUUGAUUAUCCGGGUUACCGUCCAGGUACAGGAAAUUUUUUGGACUUCAGGUCCCUGAUAAGGCGACUAUAUGAGUUUAGAACUGUGGGAAAGACAGACUUUUUGACGCUAGAAGCAUUAGCGUCCUACACAGCGCUAGAAAGUCUAAAGGAAUUACGAUUUUUCCUUCAAGGCGACCUGGCUCCAUCAAUUAAUAUCAAAGCCGCAAAGCCUUAUGCUCUGGUGUUCGCUAGUGCUUCUGAGGUCGAAGUCUGUCGAACAUUUUCCGAUUACCCUUCCGAGUUCAAGACGGAAGGGGUAAAACAUCAGACACCGGAGACGCCCUCGCUGUCUACUGCGGUCAUCGCGUUCGGCUCAAACCUUGGGGAUCGAUUUUUCAUUAUUGAGCUGGCCCUUCGUUUAUUAGAAGUACCAGGAUAUUCAGUACAAAAUGCACACGCGGUUGUGGAUAUUCUCAACACCAGUUUCUUAUAUGAAAGCGCACCGAUGUAUGUGACAGAUCAGCCUGCUUUCAUUAAUGGUGCCUGCAUCAUUCAAACCAAUCUCCCGCCUUUGGAACUUUUAGGCCUCCUUAAAAAAAUCGAAGCCACUGUCGGAAGAGUGCCUUCCAUUCGAAACGGCCCUCGAGCGGUAGACCUUGACAUUAUUCUAUACAGCGACCUCGUCGUCGAUACCAGACCACAAGAUCAACGACAAAGCGAUGACAAUUUAGAGGGAAGAUUGGUAAUUCCUCAUCCGCGAAUGUGUGAAAGGGAGUUCGUUCUCCGACCCUUGAAAGACAUGAUUCCCGACGACAUACAUCCGAUCAAUAGGAAAUCAAUAGCCACACUCUUGGACGAAGUGCUAUCGUCAUCUCCUGUGCCAGAGUUCCCAAUGCAGAAGGUUAUACCCUUUCCCAGAUACCCGUUAUCCUCGGAGAGUAAGGUACCCUUGGCUGAUGUCCUCCCCGUUCCUUCUAAUCUUACAUACUGGACAUUUCCCUGCUCGCAUGCCUCUCCGUCCUCCAAAUCACGUCUCAUGGCCAUCCUUAACUCAACGCCGGACUCAUUCUCCGACGGAUCAGUCCACAAUACGCUCUCUACCGCUCUGGACUAUGCCCGCCGUGCGACACAAUCAGGCGCAGACAUUCUAGAUAUUGGCGGCUUUUCGACGCGACCGGGUGCUGUAUUCGUCAGUGUUGAAGACGAGAUUGCAAGGGUUUCGCCGGUCAUUUCUGCCAUCAGAAAAGCUGAGGCUGACGAAAUACUCCGUGAUGUACCUAUUAGCGUGGAUACGUUCCGUUGGGAAGUCGCAAGGUCAGCAAUCGAUUCUGGAGCAAACUGCAUCAACGACGUAUAUUCAUUCACCGGUCCAUUAUGCUAUCCAUAUCCUUCCGACGACGCCAUGGAACAAACUAUUGCCCAACGAUAUAUCACUAAAUUGAAGAAGCUGACCAGGGAAUUUGCCGUUCCGGUGGUGUUGAUGCACUCUAGAGGUGAGGCAGGGGCCAACAAAGAUUACAGCGGUUAUUCAUACGCCGGAUCAAGCAAGGCUGUGGUUGAGGGUAUUCGCGUUGAACUCGGAUUAAAAGUUGACGAUAUCGUGAAAGGGAAGGGAGGGGUAAGGAGAUGGCUCGUUAUCAUUGACCCAGGCAUUGGAUUCAGCAAAACGGUCGAAGGCAACUUGGAAAUCCUUCGGGAUUUAUCAUCUGUAACGGAUGAUGUCUAUAUUGGACCUGGUUCCCGAAGGCGCAACCCCCUCACAGGCUUUCCGUCUCUCAUUGGUUCAUCAAGGAAGUCAUUCCUAGGAACCAUACUUGCGGAUGGGAAUGGAAGAACCACUCUGCCGGGUGAGCGUGGCUGGGCCACAGCGGCAACGGUUGCCUGUGCUGUUCAGCAGGGCGCUUGUGCCGUUCGGGUCCAUGACAUUGCAGAAAUGGCGGAUGUUCUUCGGGUGGCAAAUUCGUUGUGGCGGUCGCAUUAA